UGCUGGGAGGACGCACUUCCUCUCAGGGGCCUCUAGAAACCACAGGACCAGGCUGCGCCCCCGCAGCCGGCAGGAUGGCAGAGGGCAAGGCGGGCGGAGCGGCUGGCCUCUUCGCCAAGCAGAUGCAGAAGAAGUUCAGCAGGGCCCAGGAGAAGGUUCUGCAGAAAUUGGGGAAAACUGUAGAAACCAAAGAUGAACGAUUUGAACAAAGUGCCAGCAACUUCUACCAACAGCAGGCAGAAGGCCACAAGCUGUACAAAGAUCUGAAGAACUUCCUUAGCGCAGUCAAAGUGAUGCAUGAAAGCUCAAAGAGAAUAUCAGAGACCCUGCAGGAAGUCUACAGCAGCGACUGGGACGGGCAUGAGGACCUGAAGACCAUCGUGGGGAACAAUGAUCUCCUUUGGGAAGAUUAUGAAGAGAAACUGGCCGGCCAGGCACUGAGGACCAUGGAGAAUUACGUGUCGCAGUUCAGCGAGAUCAAGGAGAGGAUUGCCAAGCGCGGCCGGAAACUGGUUGACUACGAUAGUGCCCGCCACCACCUGGAGUCAGUGCAGAACGCUAAGAAGAAGGACGAGGCCAAAAUGGCCAAGGCAGAGGAAGACUUCAGCAGGGCCCAGGUUGUGUUUGAAGAUCUGAACCAGGAACUCCUGGAGGAGCUGCCUAUUCUUUAUAACAGUCGUAUUGGCUGCUAUGUGACCGUCUUCCAAAACAUUUCCAACCUGAGAGAUGUCUUCUACAGGGAGAUGAGCAAGCUGAACCACAAUCUCUACGAAGUGAUGAGCAAACUGGAGAAGCAGCAUUCCAACAAAGUCUUUGUGGUAAAGGGCCUGUCAAGCAGCAGCAGGCGCUCCUUAGUCAUCUCUGCCCCUGUGCAAGCCUGUGCAGCCUCCAGCCCUGUCAGCCCUGUGACCUCGCCCACCAGCCCCCAUGCCCUCUCUGCCACCAGUAAGAGUGAGUCUGUCUCAGCCACGGGAGAGGAGCUGACCUCUGAGGCAGGGGGAGAGGACAGCUGUGAGAGCGAAGAGUCCUUAAAGGAUGAGGAAGUGGAUGAAGACCAGUCAGAGUCAAGCUCUUCCGAGGAGGAGGAGAAGGAGGAGGAGGAGGAGGAGGAGGAGGACGACGACGACGAAGACGACAACGACGAUGACGACGACAACGACGAAGAGGACAGGGAAGAGCCUCCACCAGCCUGCAAUGGCCCCACCCCAGCCCCAGCCUCUCCUGCAGCUGAGGUCAAGUCCCAGGAGGAAGCUGCCCAGAGCUCCCCAGCUCCGUCUCUGGGCAGAGGUCAGACCGGGAAGGAGCAUCCUUCCCAGGGGGAUGUGGUCCUCCGUGCCCGUGCCUCGAGUGAGGGAGCAGAGCAGAGCAAAAGAGCAGCAUCCGUCCAGAGGACGUCGGCUCCGCCCAGUAGACCUCCGCCACCCAGAGCCUCAGGCAGCGGCAGCGGCAGUGGCAGCAGGCCAUGCAGCGCUCAGGGCUCUGCAGAGGCUUUGCAGCCCAGUAGCCCCAGCACCUCCUCAGACACCACUUCCAAUCCAGAACCGCCAGAGACCAGUACAAAGGAAGGCACUGGCUGCUCGGGCCCAGAAGAGCCCCGCGCCUCCUCCACCAAGAGCGCCACCCAGGUAUUGACAAGUGAAAACACAGAACUCUGAAGAGAAACUGCCCAGGACCUAAUCUCUGCCCAGAGAAGUUUCUCAAGCAGAGGGCCAAGGGUACAAGCCACAUCCAAGCCCCGUUCUCAGGCAGUGUGAACACGCGCCCUCAGAGACCCACCCGCCAUUGCUGGAGUCUGCACUAGCCUGAGGGAGGAGGGCACCACACAGAGGGAACAUUUUACCACAGGCUUGAGUGGUACUAACAGAAGCAGGGCUGUAAUACUGCCAAAGAAUAGCUUCCGUCGGCAUGUCCACACAUUCAGAGGACAUGUGUCCAGCUAGCCACUCACUUGGCAAAGAGUUAAAGCGAAACAUUUUUCACUACUAAAUAAAAUACGAUUUUGACUAA